AUGUUCCGAUUAAACAUCACCAUACUCGCACUCGCAUGGGCUCUGCUCCAGACCCACCUCUCACCAGUGGCUAUCCCGCAAGCGCACGCCUGGCCAACACCAUCAAAAUGGCUCCCACACUUCAAGAGCCAGCGUCCCCAAGGUGAUUAUGCGAAGCGCAAUUUCAAGACGGUCUCGAGCAUCUACAACCUCACCGUCUACCCCAACCAGGUGCCCAUCUUCCAGCACGGCGGUGCGGGUGUCCCCGACGGCCUCUUCAGCAAGGACGUGGUAGGGCGGGUCGACCCCGUCGGCAACUUUACCGGAUUCGAGGAUUCGAUCGAGUACUUUUUCGCCCUGGCCCCGCUUCCCCAAGGCAACGCGGCCAAGGCGGCUAUCACUGGGUACCAAAUCACCGAGUUCAGUUCCCAGUGCGGUGACGUGGCCUCCUCGGUGGUGUACCUCUACUGCAGCGUCGUGGACCCGGGCGGCCCCGAUGACGGCAAGAAGCUGCCGCCACUCAAGCAAAUUGCCUUCUGGCGAUUCGACAAGGACGGCGCCGUGGUCAAGUACGACGCCUGGAUCGUCAACCUCAACAGCUGGUUCGAGGCUACUGCCGGUGCCGCCGUCACCGACCCGUUCUUCCGCGCCGCCAGCAUCACGCAGAUAUGCGCUGCCAGUCAGAUGCAAUGCCGUGGGCCCAACAGCCAGUGGCACAGCAUCGCAGAGUGCGUGGCCACGUUGUCGUUGAAGCGGUACGGUUCGUACGACGAGGCGUGGGGCGAUAACAUCGUGUGCCGGACCAUCCACCUCGUGCUCACCCAGGUGCGGCCUGAUGUUCAUUGUGCUCACGUCGGGCGAACGGGAGGCGGCAAAUGCGUCGACGUGCCGUAUCCCGAGAACUACUUUUCCGACGAGACGUUGUACGGGGAGCCCCCGGGUCAGACGUUUAUGUGCCAUAAUGAUUGA